AUGGGGCAGGGCAGAAGAAGCCUCCGACAAUGGCUCCCCUCCACUCUGCCAUGCCAGCCUCAUCCUUAUUUAGCUUUGCUUGUAUUCCAUCAUAAUUUUGACAAGUUGUUUUUGGCAAACAACAAGAGGCUUGAAUCGAUGAAGACAGUGACGACGACGACGACAACAAUGAUGCCUGCUCUUGCCGCCGUGCUCGCGGCGGCGGCCUUGAUCUUGGGUGCUGCCCGCACCGUCGACACGGCGGUGGCGGACACGUGCAAGGCCGCCGCGGCCAGCGACGUGCGCGUCAACCCGGAGCUCUGCAUCUCGCAGCUCGGCAGCCACCGCGACAGCACCGAGGCGGACACCUGGGGCCUGGCCAAGGUGGCCUCGCUCGUCGGCGUCAACAACGCCGACCUCGCCGCCGCCGACGUCAAGGCCCUGGAGGCCGGCGACCCCAACGUGCGCCUGAAGCCGGUGCUCAUCAAGUGCGCCGCGCUCUACAAGGACGUGGGCAUGUCGUUCGCCGGCGCGUACGACCAGAUCAACAACCGCGCCUACCCCGCGGGCAAGCAGAAGCUCGACGAGGCCCUGGCGAAGACGCAACAGUGCAACGCCGCCUUCGGCGUGGCCGGCUUGACCCUGCCUCAGCCGCUGGCCCAGCACACCGUCGACUCCAUCCAGAUCGCCAUCAUCGCCGGCGCCAUCACCAACCUCAUCAAGUGACCUCUUCCUCCUUCAGCAAGUACAGUAGUGGCAUCUAAAUAGCUGUUGACACGAUGGUGAUCUCGUUUUCUUGACAAUUUUGUAAUUAUAGAAGUGUUGGCGUAGUCGUGCCUCGUAUUGGGAAGAACCGAGAAGAACAAGUUGAGAAAUCAUUUGAUUUGAUUUGA